AUGAGAUUCACGAUCGAGCCUUUCCCAUUUUACCCGUCGGACCUCGUCGUCAUCAUUUUCGCCCUUCCUUUCCGUCGUCAACGGAAACACCGACGGGGGGGGAGCCCCAGACCAGUGCCACCCGAGCCCCUCGUCGUCGGGCCUGUGUCUGUCCAGGAUGCACCCGUCGAGCGCGCCACCGCCAAUAUUGCAAUCCCCAUGGCACCUCUCCAGCUUGCAACCUGCCAGACUGCCCCAACGAUGCCCAAGACUGCGACCAUUGCCUUUCCCACGGCGGUAGAAAGUGCUCUUGCGCGGAAUCCAACGACGCCCAAUCCCAAGGCAUUUGCAAGGCCCAUGGUGGCGGCGCUUACACGAGGCCUCGUGUAA